GUGGGUUUACUGGCCCUGGUCUUUUCAGCGGGUCUGGACCAGGCCUGCAUAGGCCAGAGCAGGGGAUGGACAGGCGAGGUCUCUCUUUGCUUUGGGAGCUACUGGACCUCUGGCUUCCCAACUGCAUUCGUGCUUAGAGGGGAUUCAGGCAGGAAAGAAAGGGGGGUUGGGUUGAUGCUGUGGAGAUGGUGUUGCUUGCCUUCUGGCCGGAAUGUAAACUUCACAAGGCAAGACUAUCUCCUGUCUCUCAGGCACCUCUGUAGGGGCCAGGCCUGGUGCUGGGCACAGGGAGACACUCUAUGGAGACUGUCUGAGACGGCCUGGGACUGGGUUGUCAGGAGAGGCGGAGUCUACUCUCAUGAAGUAGAGGGAGAAUGAGUCAGAGAAUGCUGCUGAUGGGAGAGAUUUUAGGAGCCAUCAGAACCCCAAAGCUUGUUUUACAGAGAGGGAGAUGACUUGUGAGAUGCUGGGAUCCAACUUCCUACUAGUCCAGGCCCCUAGACCAAGGUUGGACUGCACAAGUGGUAAAGGCGGUGGCUGACAUCAUCGGGGUUUCCUUCCACCUCAGAGAAGAUGUCUCAGAAAAAGCAGCCCACCCCCCAGUGCCCCGUGUUCUGCGGGAAAUCCUCCGGCGGCGGCGGUGGCGGCGGCGGCAGCUCCGGUGGCUGCGGUGGUGGCGGUGGAGGCGGCUCCGGUGGCUGCGGCGGCGGCGGCAGCUAUGGUGGCGGCUCCGGAGGGGGCAUCAAGUAUUCCGGGGGCGGCGGCUCCGGCGGCGGAGGCUCUGGCUGCUACUCCAGCGGCGGCGGCUACUCCGGCGGCGGAAGCUCCGGUGGCUGCGGCAGCAGCGGCGGCGGCGGCUCCGGAGGGGGCAUCAAAUACUCCGGCGGCGGCGGCGGCGGCGGCGGCGGCUCUGGCUGUGGUGGCGGCUACUCCGGCGGUGGCGGCUACUCCGGAGGCGGCGGCUCUGGAGGGGGCAUCAAGUACUCCGGCGGCGGAGGCUCCGGCUGCGGCGGGGGCUCGUCCGGCGGCGGUGGAGGCUGCGGCGGCUACUCCGGCGGCGGCUCUGGCGGCUCUGGCGGCUGCGGCGGCUCUGGAGGGGGCAUCAAGUACUCCGGCGGCGGUGGAGGCUCCGGCUGCGGCGGGGGCUCGUCCGGCGGCGGUGGAGGCUGCGGUGGCUACUCCGGCGGCGGCGGCGGCGGUGGCUCUGGAGGGGGCAUCAAGUACUCCGGGGGCGGCGGCUCCGGCGGCGGCGGGGGCUCAUCCGGCGGCGGUGGAGGCUCCAGCUGCGGUGGCUACUCUGGUGGCGGCGGCUCCGAGUGCGGUGGCUACUCCGGCGGCGGCGGUGGCGGCUCCGGCCAGCAGAUCUGCCAGAGCUAUGGAGGCGGCUCCUCCGGCGGCGGCGGCGGCGGCUGCGGGGGUGGCUCCUCCGGCGGCGGCGGCGGCGGCUGCGGCUACUCCGGUGGCGGAGGUUACUCCGGCGGCGGCGGCGGCGGCGGCUCAGGCCAGCAGAUCUGCCAGAGCUAUGUAAGCGGCUCCUCCGGUGGCGGCGGCGGCUGCGGGGGCGGCUCCUCCGGCGGCGGCGGCGGCGGCUGUGGCUACUCCGGUGGCGGAGGUUACUCCGGCGGCGGCGGCUGCGGUGGGGGCUCCUCUGGCGGCGGCGGCGGCUCUGGCGGCGGCUCUGGCGGCUACUGCCAGCAGACCUCGUGCGUCCCCCAGCAGUGCUACUACGGGGGGUCGUCUGGCGGCGGCGGCGGCGGCGGCUGCGGAGGCGGCUCCUCCGGGGGCGACUGCUACUCCGGCGGUGGGGGUGGCGGCGGAUCCGGCUGUGGCGGCGGCUCCUCUGGGGGCGGCGGCGGCGGCGGCUCCGGGAGUGCCCAGUGCGUCCCGGUCUGCCACCAGACCCAGCAGAAGCAGGCGCCCAGCUGGCCAUGCAAAUGAGGCCCGCGGGACGCCACGGAGGCGCGGGAGCUGGAGGUGUUCUUCGUGGGCGCCGACGGGCUUAGUGUUCUCGUGAUAAUGCCAUGAGGUUCCAAAGCCUCACCGUUUUAACCCCCCUGGAAGAAGCCAUCGAACCCUCCAGCUGUAUCUUGUUCUGCAGUUUUCCCCUUGGCUUCUGCACCACUACCUCCCAACCCCAGUGCCUCCUCAGCCAAUAAAUUUGCUGAUCAUGAGAA